UCAAAUUAGAAUUUAGAGUAUGAUUCAAGUUGUUCGAGUAAGUAAGGUUUUACUUACUUGAAUAGAGUAAUUUAAUUCUGCGGACAGUAAAAGUUAAAAAUGGAUUUUCUGGUAGCUUUUUAAACUUGUGAUAGCAAAUUGAUAGAGCACAAGCUUUUCGGAUCCAGUAAACGUAAGUUGGACUGCACUCUGGGAACCAUCGAGUUCUGAGUAUAAACUGAGACUUCUCACACCUGAAGAGGAGUUCUCGUACACCUAUUUGGCAAACAGUCCGGCAGACACGAUGUGCAGCGUGUAUCCCCGCUCUCACGACAUUUACGCGUGGAACGCGGUGGACGUGCGGGCCAGCGACGGCACGCUGCAGCACGGCCGCGUCAUCAACGUCCUACACAACGGUUUGGUCGUCGAUUUCGACUGCCCCGGACGACGCGCUGAACUGGUUAAUCCUGAACUGGUACCAGUGCACUACAGCCGCCGUCCCUCCGGACACACCUUCGAUGGCACAAUUGACUCGGCAUGGCACUUUGACAAUGCAGUGUUCCCCGGGGGUGACGAAAAGCCCUCUGUGGAGGUCUUGGCGCGGACCAGUGCGGCUAGCCCGUGGACAUGGCACUCAGCGGUACCAUUGUAUCGAAAUCUUUUCUGUGGGCGGUAUAUAUUUGUGGAUAUGCAGCUGGACAAAGGCAUAGUACGGCGACUGAUGCGGGCGCAUUCUGUGCGUUUAGCGGAGUCUGCGAACGCUCCUAUCAGCAGCCGUGACAUCGGGAUUUACGACUUCGUCACUCGCGCCUGCACCCCUCCCGCGGACUACUGGGGCGGUGACUGCGUUACCGCGCCUUUGUGGGACGCCUGGAAGGAGGCGGUGGAGGCGUCCAAGUACGAGUUUUGGCCUGUGUGUGUCAUGGGCAGGACACUGGUGUAUUUGCUAGAAGUGCUAGAGCCACCGUUGGAAGACGAGCAGCUAGAAAAGCUAAUGGCCGAUGCAAGAAGCCGUCUCCAGCAGCAGUCAUACCAAUUGCCUGCACCGUUCGAGCCGCCCCCCGAUGUUGAAGGACGCCAUCAGGCGGAAGUGUUGUCCUUGUUACCGGCUGAAAUUCUCCGGCAGGUCUUAGACAUGCUGGACACCGUGCAGCGGGCCCAGUGUCGUCGCGUUUGUGCGCUGUGGAGCGAUCUCAUCGGGACGGACGAGCGCGUAAUCUGGGUGUCCUUUUCCCACCAGCGUCUCAUCGAUAGGGACGGUAUCGCCACGACGCCCAAUGAGGCCGAGUGGUGCCGAUCGGCGUACCUCGUAGGCAUGUGUUUGUGGAAAUGCCUGCGGCGGACCCCCCAAACCAUCAUCAUUAGCAACGCAUCCCAACAACACCCGAAUCAUUCCCCUCUGGGUAACUGCUUCGAUCUGAUCGACAGCAUCCAGCACGAGCUGGAUCCCGAGGAACCCGUCACAGUUAUUGUGUACAAAUUCCACUGGGAUCUGGGCACUGGCCUUGACGAGGAUCUACAUGCGGCGGCAUCAGCGGUGUAUGGAUGCAUGGUGUGGAAGGACGGGACGUUCAGCGGUCCCGGGGAACACUUUCGUCGCGAGCCGAUUAAAUACGGUGUAACUUACGAGAGCGGCGAAACCCUGGAUGUGGACGGUGAUCCCGUCCCCGUUCACUUGUAUCUGAGUAAUUUGCUGGAAAAGGGGUUGACGCUUGAUUGUCGGGAAACUCGACUCCAGCUGAAGGAUUGGUUCGCCGAUGUGGCCCAACAGGAGGCGGGUUCCGUAGAUCGUCAACGGAUCGACACGAUUAUGGGCUCUUGUCAGGAGAACGAUCCGCGUGUCAUUGUCAAGUUCGGCAGGAUGCAAUGGACUGUGGAUACUGUGCAGGGCGAGGAGUUGGACAAGUUGACCAAACUGACGUUGUGCGCACUGCAGCGGGAAAUGGUGCGUGGCAGAGGUGCUCAGUCCGAUCAACUUCCGGCUCACACACCGAGUGCACAGUAGUGUACUUACAAGUACUAACGUUCAACAAUGUUAAGAUUAUUAAUCCGUUCUCGCAAGUGUACCGACUACGGAUUGAUGCGUGUUUCAUAUUUUUCACUACAGUUUUCGUUUUGUUUGUAUCUGCUUUGUGAUAAAAAGUGGUAACUUAAAUUCUUUAUCACUAGUGUGAGUGGGGGACAGCUGACAAAGAUGAUGCAGCAUGAACACUGAACAGG